GCGAGACGCUCGCAAUCAGGAGGAGUCUAUAGCACAAUCAUGAAAUUGUACCCCACAGAAGAAGAAACUUCGGAAAGUCGAAGGAAUGAAGUUCCUAGAGUUCCAUCUGCUAAUCAGAGUGUGGAUAGCCUUCAAACACGUCAAUUUGUCCACAGUUUUGGAGAACUGGAUCUGACUGAAGAAAACAUGGACUUCCUCUUCCUUAUUGUAUAUGAUCAAUCCUAUAGAAGGCAUUAUGUUCCUGAAUUCGUUUCGCGAAGCAACGAUACGAUGGUUGUCUUGUGCGAUUUUUUCAACUGCGGUGGAACAACAGGCACGGAUGAAUGGUUUUGUUACGGCAUACCAGGCAAAGAAAUAUCCCUCAAAGACUUUAAAAAUUAUGCUUCUCUCAUUGAAGAAUCAUGCCGGUACUACUUUCUCAUAGAAGUAAAGCAUGCGCCGAAAGGAAGCAACAUCUGUUUCAAGGAAUUAAAGGAUGAUAAUGAAUUAGUGCCUUUUUGUAGGAACACAAUCAUUGCAAUAGUGAAGCCAGAAUGAAGGCUGCACAUGCCCUAAUACCGGUGAAUUUCAACAAAUUCAACAGGAACUUGUGGUCAGAUAAUUGUUUGAAGGAGAAUCCUAAAUUUUUUCUCUCAUCAUCAAUGGUUUUUAUUUUCUUUUUUUGCCCCGUCAUUUUUCUAAAACUUUUUAUGCUUGGUUUAUUUCACGACUGUUAGCGUUUAAAUGAAAGGUAUCGAGUCAAAUUUGGUAGCCAAAAGAUUUUUUCUUUUUCAGAACUCCUCUUUUUUUUUUAAUUUCUAUUUAUUAUUUACUGUACAUUUGUACAUCUGUAUAAAGAAUUUAGUUUUCCACUUUUCUGAUUUUAAUUGUUGCUAAGUAAAGAGGAAGAAGAAAAAUGUUUUACUCCACAAUUUGAGCCGUGUUUUGUACAUUAAUUUCGUGAUACUUUUUAUAUCUAGACUCAUUCUUGUUUUUAAUUAAACGGUUCUUUUGAUCGUAA